AAAGCGUUAUCUCGCUCGCCUGACGAUAAGCAUAUCGCAAACAGCGUCGUAUCGUGCGCGGCAAAAAUAUCGGCGUGACAUCGCGCUCACCCAGUGGUGGGCGGACCCCGACGCAGGCGCCUCCCCGCACGGCUUCGCUACUAAAACCCCGCGGGCGAGACGCGAACCCGGCAAACCCAACAUGCGGGCUCCCCGCGCGCGACUCCUCGCCGGCCUCUCCCCGCCGCUCUCCCCCAGGGGCUAAGAGUCUGCGUAGCUUCGCCUCAAUAAGCGUCUGGCACGCCGCGUAUUACAACCACCCUCCCACCCGCCGCCCCUCGCCACUCCCCACCCCACAACUGCCGGGGCCACUUCGUUCCGUGCGCGAAGUUCCGUCGAUUGCUACGCCGCAGUCGUUUACUGCGAAGUUUCUGACGCGUCCGCGGUGCUGUUCUCCUUCCUCCUCCUCCUGCCGCCUCCUGCCGCGUGAGUCGGGGCCGGGCGCUCCUCACGGCGUUGGCGUCCGGGCGGGGUGGAGGAGGCGGAACGCGCUGUGGCCACGCGCGAACCCGGGGAAGAGCGACGCCGGGAUGGGAGCGCGGAGGAGACCCCGAGGAGGAGGAGGAGCCGCCGCCGCCGCCGCCGCCGCUCCAUCGCUCGGGUCGCUGCCGCUCGUGGCGCUCCUCGUCGUCGCCAUGUGCAGGAGCGUCUCGUGUCGGGAGAUGCUGUGCCAGAACAUCACGGUGCCCAUGUGCCGGGGCAUCGGCUACAACCACACGUACAUGCCCAACGACUUCAACCACGACUCGCAGGACGAGGCGGGCCUCGAGGUGCACCAGUUCUGGCCUCUCGUCGAGAUCAAGUGCUCGCCGGACCUUCGCUUCUUCCUGUGCAGCAUGUACACUCCGAUCUGCCUGGAGGACUACAAGCAGCCGCUGCCGCCGUGCCGCUCGGUGUGCGAGAGGGCCCGCGCCGGCUGCGCGCCGCUCAUGCGCCAGUACGGAUUCGCGUGGCCCGACCGCAUGCGCUGCGACCGCCUGCCAGUCCUGGGUGACCAGAACCGCCUGUGCAUGGACUACAACAAGAGCGACACCACGCCGCAGCCGCCCGAGGUGAAGCCCACGGCGCCGGUCAGGUCCUUCAACCCGAGCAAGAACAGGGCGACCACCAGAGUUGGUGGUGGUGGUGGUGGCGGCGGUGGGAGCGGAGAGGCUUGCGAGUCCGGCUGCGCGUGUAGGGCCCCCAUGGUGGCCAUCGGCAGUGACAGGCACCCGCUGUACAACCGCGUGCGCACCGGCUCCGUGCUGAACUGCGCAAUGCCGUGCCACGACCCUUACUUCACGCAGGACGAGCGCACCUUCGCCUCCUUCUGGAUCGGCCUGUGGUCCAUCCUGUGCUUCGUGUCCACCUUCACCACGGUGGUCACCUUCCUCAUCGACAUGGAGCGCUUCAAGUACCCGGAGCGGCCCAUCAUCUUCCUGUCGGCGUGCUACGCCUUCGUGUCCAUGGGCUACAUCGUGAGGUUGGUGGUGGGUCACGACGGGGUGAUCUGCAACCAGGAGCACAGGCACGUCCACUACGAGACCACGGGCCCCGCGCUCUGCACCGUGGUAUUCCUCCUCACCUACUUCUUCGGCAUGGCCAGCUCCAUCUGGUGGGUCAUCCUCUCCCUCACCUGGUUCAUGGCUGCCGGCAUGAAGUGGAGCAGCGAGGCCAUCGCGGGCUACUCGCAGUACUACCACCUGGCCGCGUGGCUCCUGCCCAGCGUGCAGUCGGUGGCCGUGCUGGCCACGAGCUCCGUGGACGCCGACCCUCUGGCCGGCAUAUGCUCGGUGGGCGCCCAGAGCCUGGAGAAUCUGCGCGGCUUCGUCCUCGUGCCGCUCACCGUCUACCUGUGCGUGGGCGCCGUCUUCCUGCUGGCCGGAUUCACGUCGCUCGUGCGGAUACGCAACGCCAUCAAGCAGCAGGGCGGCACCAAGACGGACAAGCUGGAGAAGCUCAUGGUGCGAAUCGGCAUCUUCAGCAUGCUGUACACGGUGCCAGCGAUCGCCGUGGUGGCCUGCUACUUCUACGAGGAGCGCUCCCGCGACGGCUGGGCCAGAGCCCUCAUCUGCCCCUCGUGCCAAGGUGACGAGGAGCCGGGCUCGCAGCAGCAGCAGCAGCAGCGACCCGACUACGGCAUCUUCAUGCUCAAGUAUUUCAUGUGCCUCGUGGUGGGCAUCACCUCGGGCGUGUGGAUAUGGUCGGGCAAGACCGUGGACACGUGGAAAAGGCUCUGCUGCCGGUGCUGCGGUCUGGGUGGCAAAUCGUCGGGAGCCGCGGUAUACAGCGAGGUGCACGGCGGCAGUGGUGGUGGAGGAGGAGGAGGAGGGCACCAUCACCAUCACCACCACCAUCAUCACCUGGGCACGGCGAGCGGUGGGCCCGGGACGGCUGCUGGGGCGGCGCGGGCCGCCAGCAGCGUCGCGAGCUCCGUGUCCUGCCACAAGCCGGCGCCUCUGUCGCUCGUCUGAGGAACGCCGUUUUGUUGCCAGCGACACCACUCUGCUGCCCGGGGUCUCCCACCGCGUGGGGUUUUAAAUUUAAAGUGCAACUCGGCGUCACUCGCCACCGCCACACGCACGGCACGCAGCGGGCCCUCGGUGUGUGUGUGUGUGCGUGACGCCGACGACUCCCCCUGAAGCACAACCACCAACCAGCAGCAACAAGCCAUGUUUGUUGAAUUUCGAUCGCAGAGCUAUACGUGUCUUGUGUAGAGUUUCUAAAGGAUAACAAUUGGACAUUUGUUCUUUUCGAAAGGAUGCACGAAGGUGGGGGAAUCGAUGCGCUCCUGGAUGCGAUGUGCACUCAAACGUUUACCGAUAACUUGUAACUGUUUGUGAAACUAAGUGGCUGCUGGAGCUCGUGGUGCGCCUUGGUGAAGCGACAAGCGGACGGGCGGGCGGGCGGGUCCCGCUGGUGCAGGAGGAGGAGGUGGAGGGUUCUGAGCGCAGCCUCAUUCCUGCUGCAGACGUAGCUGUCAACGCCGAGUUGCCUGUAACAACCAGCACGCACGCCACACUUCGUCUCGCGUGUGUCUGUGUGUGCGUGCGUCUGUAUGCGCGUGCGUCUGUGCGUGCGUGCGUCUGUGUGCGUCUG